AUGACGCGGCUCAAGUCGAGUCGAGCCUCAGUGCAACCGCUUUUUCUCGUGCUCGCUCUCGUAUCCGCUUUCUGCGCGCCGUUGUUGGCGCAUGCCGAAUGCCCUGAGGAAGCCGUCUCUCUCUGCAAAGUCGCUGACGAUCCCGCUCUCUGUCAACACGCCAUCUGCUCCCGUGCAAGCGAUGCCGUGCGAGGCCGUUCUCUUUCAGAGGGAUCGUCGCGAACCAGCGAUUUGCUGACCUCGCUGGCGGUGGAGGCCGCGGAGGCGGAAGUGCGUGGCCUGCGCGGGCAAGUAGCGGCGCUGGAGGCCGACACGGACAGCGGAAAACCGGAACGUUUGGUGGCGCGUGAUUGCAUCGACCAGCUGGACAUGGCUUCCAAUUACCUAGUCAAGGCGUACGAGUCUCUCCGCUCCAACGACGAGCCUGAAGGCCAAGCGCACUGGGUCUCGGCCGCGCUUGCGCUCACCUCGCAGUGCACCGCCGCGCUCACUGCAGCCUCUGCUCCCGUCACCCCCUCCGUCAAGCUCGCUAUCUCCGGUGUUACUGCUUCAAGCGCCGCUUUCAAUGGUGAAGACGGCGCGGGGCUCACCGCCGCGACAGGCGCUGCUACCGGCGCUAGCGCCAUGGCUACUGUGUCUCGAUCCAUGAGCACGGGUCUGGGAAAAGAGUGCAAGGAUUACAUCGCGAACGCGCUAUCCGUCGUCGCGUCCCUCCGAGGCGUGGAGGAUGACGACGACGAUGAUGGCGAGGAGCCCCCGGAGCUAGCGGCGGAAAGUGCGGGAAGGAAGGCGCUGGAGCGAGAGCAAGGAAGCACCGAUCGUAUUCCUGAGAUGGAAACCAUCAGUGAGGAUAUGGCGGCUGUGAUUGCGGAGUUCGGUGGAAGCGCGGAGGAGGUCGAAAACGUGCGCCGCGGAGGGAGGAAGUUGAUUGGCGGGAAGAUAAACCGGAGGGCGGAGAGGUUGCUGCGAGGCAUGGGAGUGUCGAGUGCGACAGCCGGCACGUCCGCGAGCGACACAAAGGGUCGCCCAGAUUGGGUGGACGACAACGAGGAGAGGCAGCUGCGAGAGCUGCAGCACUUUAUGCGACACCACUAUCGCAUCCUUCGCGAGUUGUUUCCAAGUAACUUUUCGCAGCACUGGGAGGCAAACCGCGGGCGCACGCUCGUCGUGCCAACGCCUCCCGCACUGAACGCUGCAAUCAUCAGCCAACUCGAAGUUACUCCCUCGUCAGCUCCGCUAGCCAAUACCGCCGCCGUUACUGUUCCUGGGCCGGUACCCAAAGCCACACCAAAGGCCGUGCCCAAGGUUGCUCCCUCGACCGUUCCUAAGACGGCUCCAAAGACCGCUCCUAAAACUGUUCCAAAGACGGCUCCUAAGAUUACUCCUAACGUUCCUGCUACCGCUCCUAAGACCAUUCCUGCUACCACUCCAAAGACCGUUCCUGCUACCGCUCCGAAGACCGUUCCUGCUACCGUUCCGAAGACCGUUCCUGCUACCGCUCCAAAGACCGUUCCUGCUACCGUUCCGAAGACCGUUCCUGCUACCGCUCCAAAGACCGUUCCUGCUACCGCUCCUAAGACUCUUUCCAAAACUGCCCCUAAGGCUGCUCCUAAGGUCGCCCCUAAGACCCUUCCCAAGGCAUCCCCUGCGACCCUCCCCAGGACCGCACCAAAGACAGUGCCAAAGGUCCCUCUUAAGACCGCCCCUAAAACCCCCACUACCGCAUCGCCCAAGGUCGCGCCUAAGACGGCACCGAAGACGUUGCCGAAAGCAGCACCGGGCAUCAAGGCGCCGGUUGCCGGACCCGGCGUGGCGGUGGAAUCCGUCCCUUCUGCUCACCCCCAGAUGAACGUGUUCACGGCGUCGGCGACGUUGAAGCUCCCCUCGCUGAGGCCGGACUACGUCGUGUCCAAGGACGGACAGAGCGGCCACUACGACACGGUGCAGAAAGUGAUGGACGAGCUCAAGAUGACGAUGCUGGAGAAUAGGCGCAAGGUGAUCUUUAUCACCAAGGGCGUGUACAAGGAGAAGGUCACUUUACGCAAGGACCGAAUCAUCUUUCUGGGUGAAGGGCCCAGGCUGACGAAGAUCGCGUUCGACGAUAGCCCCGCCAAGGGAUCCACCGUCUUUGACUCCGCCUCUGUCGGCAUCAACGCGAACGAGUUCACGGCGAUGGGCAUCACGUUCCUGAACACGGCGGGGCCCAGGGCGGGGCAGGCAAUUGCGCUGCGCUGCGAGGGCGACAAGAGCGCGUUCUACGACUGCCUGUUCCUGGGCAACCAGGACACGCUCGCGCCCAAUGUGGGCCGGCAGUUCUUUAAGAACGUGGGCGUGCUGGGGUCAAUCGAUUUCGUCUUCGGCGUCGCUUCCGCGGUGUUCGAAGACUGCACGUUUGUCAUGCGCCGCCCGCUGCCCGGAUACCAAGGCUGUGUGUCUGCGCAGGGGCGUGACAAGAAGAAGGACCCGUCGGCGUUCGUGUUUUUGAGAGGGCGUGUGAUUGGCGAGAGCGCCGGGACGUACGGGUUCCUGGGACGGCCGUGGUGGGCGUUCUCAAGAUCCAUCUUCGUCAGCGUGUACCUCGGACCGGUGAUUGGCCCUGGUGGGUGGUUGGAGUGGGACUAUGGCGGUGGCAAGAAGACCACCUGGGGCGGCAAGCCUUAUUUGGCAGAGUAUGGCUCGUAUGGCCCGGGUAGCAAAGGAGCCAGAGUGGCGUGGGCCAAGCCCGGCAAGAUUCCAUACCGGCAGACAUGGAGGUACUACCCCUCAAGGCUGCUGGAUCUCAACAGCUGGGUCGCUCCAGCUCGCAGGGACUCCUACGGCACCUCCGCAUCGGCGCGCGAGCCCGAAGCAGCUCGGCACGCGAUGGGGCACAGCAACAGCCUUGGCGGACUGAGCAACCUUGGCGGUCUAGCAUCCGACCGUGUGGGCGGGGGCCGCCGUGCGUCUGACCUUCCGCCUCCGCCUGUGGAAGAAGUGUCGCUUCAGGCGCCGUUCCCCAGCAGCUGGCUUGCAAGCGGGCUCUCGUCGGACGAUCUCCGCGAAUGUGCAUAUGAAUUGCUUGUGAAUGUCGUCGGCCCGAAGCCCGCGCCGGUCAACCGCAACGCGGCGGCGGCGCGGAAGCAGCAGAAUAAAGGAAUUAUUUCUGACGAGAUGAAGGCGGUCUUGCGACUCAAGGCGGGGAGCGAACCGGGCAAAGACGGCGCCGCGGCGCUGACACCGCUGGAUGUGGUGCGGCGGCAGCUGGAUAUAUCGGAGGCGUGUGAUGAACGCACGAGGGCUGCACUGAUACGCGCACAUGCGUCUGCAAAGAAGCCGGAGAAUCUGGUGGUGCCUCUGGAGUUGCUGUGCCAGCUCAACUUCGCCGACUUCCCCUCGCAACGCGACUACUCCCGCUGGAAGCGCCGCCAGCUCAUGCUCCUCGACCAAGCCACAGCGCGCCAUCCGGGCCGCGCUGCCCUAUCGUCCUCCGCCUCCUCCGCCACGCCCCCCCCGAAAGGCUACAACCGCGACAAGGCCGACAGCGCCAUGCGACAAUUGAAGCAGCUUAUAGCGGAGCUGACGUCGGGGCAGCGGGACAUGCAGGAGACGGCGGCGCGGCAGGCGCUGCGCAACGCGGUGACGACGGUGGUGGACAUGCCGCUCGCAAGCGGCGGAAAGGGCGGAGGGCUCCCCGCGGAGGGGCGGUGGGCGGACGGGUGGCCGCUAAACGUGCGGCUGUACGCGACGCUGCUAGGGUCCGUGUUUACGGGGCUGCAGGCGGCGACGCUAGUGGAGGAGUUGGAAGAGGUGCUGGAGAUUCUGGGGAAGGUGUGGCCCGUGCUCGGCAUCACGCCGCUCGUGCACCGCUGCGUGUUCGCGUGGCUGUUCCUGAAGCACUACGUGUCGUCCGGGCAGAAGGAGCCCGCGCUGCUCGUCGCCGCGGACUUUCAGCUCCGGGCGGUAGAGACGGAGGUGAAGAACGAACUGGGUAAGAGCACAGAGCAGCAGCAGCAGGAGCAGGUGUUGGUGCUGCUCACACUGCUGCCGCACAUGGUCAAGUACGGCGAGCCGCGCCUCCUCGCGUACCACGACGAAUUCCCCGACGGCGGGCCCGCGUUCGAGUCCACGGCGGGGCUGAUGCUGCGCGCCGACGAGCUGCUGCAGAGCGAGGAGGUGGUGGCGGCGGCGCAGCGCGCGGCGAGCGCGGGGGUGAAGCUGCCCGGAAGCGGGAGCGCCAAGGCGGGCAGCAGCGUGGGGCCCAAGAGGCGCGCGGACCAGUUUGUGCGGUCGUCCGUCAAGAAGGCGUUCUCCGCGGUGCGCGAGGCGGCGGCGCAGAGGCAGGUGACGCUGAAGCAGGCGCACGGGGGGGUGCCGCCGCUGCUGGUGGCGCUGGCGGCGGAGAGCAGCAUGCUGGCCGUGGACUCGGUGGGGCGCUACGCCGCCGCUCUCAGACCCUGGAACUCCAACGCCGGCGGGCUCACCGUCGCCAUGGUGCACUCGUGUUAUAAGAACGAGCUGAAGCUGUUUAUAGCGGAUCGCACUGUGCUGUCUGUGGAGAUGACUCAGGUGCUGCUGCAGGCGGAGAAGCUGGAGAAGCAGCUGAUAGAGAUGGCGGUGGAGGAGGGCGCGGACGCGGAGGACGGGGGAGCGGAGGUGAUUCAGGAGAUGCCGCCGUACGAGACGCAGCGCACCAUCGAGGUCAUGCUGCAGCAGUGGCAGGACAACCGCAUUGCCAAGUGCGCCGAGUGGGUCGACCGCGCCAUCCAGCUCGAGAAGUGGGAGCCCAAGGCGAUGAAGGCGUUCUGUGCGUCGAGUGUGAUGGACGUGCUGGGGCUGCUGGACGAGACGCAGGAGGCCUUCUUCGCGUUGCCGCUGCCGCCACGCGCGGACAUGCUCGUCAGCGUGGUGCGUGCCAUGGAGGCCGCACUGCUCAAGUACUGCAAGGCCGUCACUGCACAUGUUGGCGACAAGUCCCAGUUCCUGCCUCCGUUCCCGCCCCUCACGCGCUACAAGGAGGGCGGCGCGCAGGAGAAGGGCGCGGCAAUCCUCGCAGCAGCAGCCGCCACAGCCGCAGCCAAUGGCACCAACGGCAGCAGCAGGGGUGGCGGGGGCAAGGAUAGCAAGAGCGACCGGUACGCGGUGCCGCGGCUGCUGGUGCGCAUCAACACGCUGUUCCACAUCCACAAUGAGGUGGACGCACUGGCUGCUCGCAUCCGCAGUGCAUGGGAGAGGGCCAUGGCGCCCUCUGCCUCCUCGCCCUCCACCGCUGCUCCCGUGCAGAAGUCCUUCUGGCCCCUGCCCUCGUUCAAGAAGGUGGAGACAAACGUGCCUCUGGUGCCGCCGCUGCCCUCGGAGCUGAUCUGCAUGUUUGAUGACGUGCGGCACGAGUCUGAGACAGCCAUGGCGCACCUGUGCCAGUUUGUGGCGUACCGCGUGGUGUGCCACGAGCUCAAGGACGUGGCUGUGGAUGCUCUGUAUGCGGGCGGCCCGGCGACGCGCAUGCGCAUUGCGGCGGUGCUGGAGCGCCUGCACCCGCACCUGGUGGUGAUUGCGGAUAUUAUCAAUGAUGGGCUGAGGGACCGCGUGGUGCUUGAGGUGCUGCGUGCACUCGUGCACUGCUACCUGCGCGCCCUGCUCGCUGGCGGGCCGGCGAGAAGCUUCACGGUGCCGGAGGUGCCAGCAUUGAAGGAGGACCUGAGCUUCCUCUCUGAGCUCUUCAUAGACGGAGGCGAUGGGCUCCCUGCUGACAAGGUCCAGGCUGCCCUCGCCCCGGCUGCUUCCAUCGUCACACUCAUGAGCCGCGACACCGACGACAUUAUCAGGAAGUUUGAUGCUGCUUAUAAGGAGUUUUUGCGGACGGUGCCUGGAGGCGGUGCAGGAGGGAAGGAUGCGAAGGGGAACCUGGUGCUGCCGCCGGUGCCGGAGGAGUGGUGUCCAUCGGAUGCUAAUACGUUGUUGCGAGUGCUGUGCUAUAGAGGGGACAGGCGUUCGUCGAAGCAUUUGAAGAAGGUGUUUGACUUGCCCAAGGAACUCAAGAAGCCAUGGUACUGA